AAACAGUCUAAGUGGAGGAGGACGUUGAAGUGUGUUGCUGUGUUAAGGAAUGCUGGCGAAGUUCAGUUCGCGAAGUACGUUUCUAAGGUCUGGCUUGUCAUUUAACGGAUACCUACACAGAGACGCACGCACGCACACUCUGCCCUGAACUAACGAAGGAACUCUUAUUCACCUUUCACUCUGUGCGUGAAUUUGAGAAAUAAAACAACGCAAUGCACUCAAGAGAAGGCAUCUCCAGAACCUGCCUCAGAGGGAUUUACAGUUGCUCCUGGAAGCGUUCAGAAGAACGAAGACAAAAAUGUGGCUGCUGUUGGUUUGCUUUCCUUUUCUUUGUGUCCAUUUUGACACUAGGCUGGAUAUAUAUGUGUUUCGUUGCCUAUAAUGACCAUGACGACGUCAACUGGAAAGCCUUUAGUAUUUUCAGUGUUUGGGUGAAUUGGUAUAUGAUUAUUACUAUCCUGUCAGCAGUAUUAGCUACUUACUGCUUCCUGAUCCUGGUGUUCGCACUGGUCCACAUUUCUGUCAAAGAACCUUUGGCGUUACACUGGCUGCACAAGGUUUUCUUGUUUGUGGGUCUGAUUAUAGUCGUGCUUGGUGUAGUUGCACUGAGCUUACGUUGGGAUACAGAAUGGUCCACUAUCCACUUAUCACUGCAGGCCACAGCUCCAUUUCUGCAUUUGGGUGCUGUUGUGGCUUUGACUAUCAUCAGCUGGAUUGUUUUCCAGAGUUUCUACAGAGCUCGGAGAACUAUUUCCCAGAUCUUCAUAAUUGGCAUAUUCUUGGCAGUUUUGCUCACAGUUUUCCUCAGUCCUCUCUUGAUUCACAGUCCAUGUCUUACUGAUACACUUCCCCCGAAACCCAGUCUUGUGGGCCAUCGUGGUGCACCUGUGUUGGCUCCAGAGAACACCAUCAUGUCAUUCAAUAAGAGUGCUGAGUGCAGUGUGAUAGCCUUUGAGACAGACGUGCAGCUAAGUAAGGACAAUGUUCCUUUUCUGAUGCAUGACCAUGGUAAAAAAUUUCUGAAGAGGACAACUAACGUAGAUCUUGUGUUUCCAAAUCGAACUUACAACACAAGCAGUGACUUCACAUGGGACGAGCUACAGAGGUUGAAUGCAGGCGAAUGGUUUGUCAAGACAAACCCAUUUUGGUCAUUGUCGUUACUUUCGGAACGGGACAAGGCUCUUGCACGUGAGCAGAAAGUACCAUCCCUCGAACAACUCUUAGCUGUUGCAAAAGAGCGCAACAUCUCUGUGAUCUUUGAUUUAAAGAACAAUGAUGACUGCAAUCACAUACUUAUGACCAUCCAGAAAUCUGGCAUCUUAAAAAAUUUGAUAUGGUGGCUUCCUUCAAAUUGUAGACAAUAUGUUGAGAAACAAGCCCCAGGGUUCCACCAAGUCUACAAAUAUAAUGAAGGAUUGGAUGUACAAUUUGUUAAUGCAAACUACAACGCAAUGAGUACUGAAAAGAUUAGAAACAUCACAGGGAAUAAUGUGACCGUCAACCUGUGGGUGGUGAAUCAGCGCUGGCUUUUCUCAUUACUGUGGUGUGCAGGGGCCAGUUCAGUGACCACUAACACAUGCCAUCUCUUUAAAGACAUGUCUCAACCUGACUGGCAUUUGGUUCCCAGUGUUUACAGAAUCAUAUGGAUCACUGCUGAUGUGGUGUCUUUGCUUGUGAUGAUCACCAUGUUUUUUGUUCAAGGGAAAGCAAGGAACCAGAUUUUUGUCCUGGAAUCGGAAAGAACUGUCCCCCUUCUUCCCUUCUGAGUGGUUCUAUCACAGAGGAAUGAAUAAAUACAGUGCCAUAAUGAAAAAUGAGUGCUUCAAAUCAGAGGUGUAGAUGGGAGCUAACAAUUGGCUUCCAGUUCACAAACCCCAGUUCUCAAACAAUCACACGUACAUCAGCCACAUAGUUUCAGUGUAAAACACAAAAAAAGGACCUUUGACCUGUUUUAGUCCUUACUAUCUAUUCAUGUAAUCAGUGAGUGGAUCAGAGAUGCAUCUCUGCUUUACUUAUUCAUCUCCUUUCUAGCAUAUCUUUUUAAGAAUUCAAAUAUAUGUAGAUGAAAGGACUUCCAUUAAAACAUUGAUUUUGCUUAAUUUUUUAAUUUUUUUCAGGAACAGAUUAACUAAAAUUCAAGUAAAAUUAAAAAAAAAAAAAAGCACAUGACAUUAUAUAACUUAAUAUAAAAUAAGA